AUGACCGUGACCAUAAUCGUCACCAUAACUGUCACAUUCACUAUUACCAUUAUAGUUACCUUUACCGUUACAGCCACCAUUACCAUUACCGUUGUCGUAAUUGUUACUGUUAUCGUAAUCAUUACUAUCACCGUUAUUCUCACUAUCCCCGUUAUCGUCACCAUUAGUGUUACCGUUACCAUGAUCGUUAUUGUUUCUAUUACCGUCACCAUUAAAGAUACUAUUACCAUCAGCGUUAUCGGCACCAUUACUAUUACUGUAACUAUUACCAUUAUCGUAACCGUUACUGUUACUGUUACUGUAACUAUUACCGUUAUCGUAACCGUUACCGUAAUUGUUACUAUCACUAUUACUGUAAUUGUUACCGUUAUGAUAACCAUUACUAUCACUAUUACCAUCACCGUUAUUGUUACCUUAACCGUUACCAUCACUGUGACCGUCAUCGUUACCGUUACUGUUACCGUCGCCAUCACCAUUACUGUUACUCCCACAUUCAUAGUCACCAUCACAACCACCAUUACCAUUAGCACCAUUACCGUUACUAUCACCGUUACCGUCACCGUUACAAUUGCUAUCACCAUUACCUUAACUAUUACUGUCAACGUCAUCGUUACCUUAACUAUUACUAUCAACGUCAUUGUUACCUUAACUAUUACUAUCAACGUCACCGUUACCGUUAUCGUCACUGUUACCGUUAUCAUUACGAACACCAUUAUCAUUACCGUUACCGUUACCACUACUGGUACCAUCUUCGAUACUAUUACAGUCACUGUCACCGUAACUAUUACCACAACCUUUACUGUCAUCGUCACCGUUACAAUUACCAUUAUUGUCACUGUCACCAUUACCAUUAUUGUUACCGUAACCAUAACCGUUAAAGUGAUCGUUACCGUGACAGUUACCAUUAUCGUCACCGUUACUGUAACCAUUACCAUUACCGUCACCGUCACCUGA